GCCCGCUCCCCGGCCACGUCCGUCCAUCUCUCCGUCCGUCCGUCCGUCCGUCCGUCCAGCGCAGCGCCCGGCGCGCAGGAUCCCGCAGCGGGGCGCGGACCGGCAGCGCUUGGCGAGGAUUAACCUGGCGCAGGCUCUUGAACCUGAUCUACAAUGGAAAAACUGCUUUUGUUUCUGCUGUUCAUUGGCAUAGCAGUGCGAGCUCAGAUCUGCCCCAAGCGCUGCGUCUGUCAGAUCCUGUCUCCGAACCUCGCCACCCUCUGUGCCAAGAAAGGGCUCUUGUUCGUUCCUCCCAACAUUGACAGGAGGACUGUGGAGCUGCGGCUGGCAGACAACUUUGUUACAAACAUUAAAAGGAAAGACUUUGCCAACAUGACCAGCCUGGUGGACCUGACGCUGUCCCGGAAUACAAUCAGUUUUAUCACCCCUCACGCGUUUGCCGACCUGCGCAAUUUGCGGGCUCUGCAUUUGAACAGCAACCGAUUGACUAAGAUCACUAAUGACAUGUUCAGCGGGCUCUCCAAUCUCCACCACUUGAUACUGAACAACAACCAGCUGACUUUAAUUUCUUCCACAGCUUUUGACGAUGUUUUAGCCCUUGAGGAAUUGGAUUUGUCUUACAACAAUCUGGAAACCAUCCCCUGGGAUGCCGUGGAGAAGAUGGUCAGUUUGCACACUCUCAGUCUAGACCACAACAUGAUUGACCAUAUUCCUAAGGGGACCUUCUCCCACCUCCACAAGAUGACCAGGCUGGACGUCACGUCUAACAAACUGCAGAAGCUUCCUCCUGACCCACUCUUCCAGCGUGCUCAGGUGCUGGCAACCUCAGGAAUUAUCAGCCCCUCGACGUUUGCGCUGAGCUUCGGUGGGAACCCCUUGCAUUGCAACUGUGAGCUUUUGUGGCUGAGGCGCCUUUCCAGGGAGGACGACCUGGAGACCUGUGCCUCUCCCACACUCCUGUCUGGCCGGUACUUCUGGUCGAUCCCCGAGGAGGAGUUCCUCUGCGAGCCCCCGCUCAUCACCCGGCACACCCACGAGCUGCGGGUGCUGGAGGGGCAGCGGGCAGCCCUGCGCUGCAAGGCCCGGGGCGACCCUGAGCCAGCCAUCCAUUGGAUUUCACCUGAGGGCAAACUGAUUUCCAAUGCCACCAGGUCCGUGGUGUAUGACAACGGGACGCUCGACAUCCUCAUCACGACGGUGAAGGACACAGGCUCCUUCACCUGCAUUGCUUCCAACCCGGCAGGGGAGGCCACGCAGACGGUGGACCUGCACAUCAUCAAACUCCCCCACCUGCUGAACAGCACAAACCACAUCCAUGAGCCCGACCCGGGCUCCUCGGAUAUCUCCACGUCCACCAAGUCGGGCUCCAACGCGAGCAGUAGCAACGGGGAUACAAAAGUCAGCCAGGAUAAGAAGGUGGUUGUUGCGGAAGCAACGUCCUCCACUGCUCUGCUGAAAUUCAAUUUCCAGAGGAAUAUACCUGGGAUACGUAUGUUCCAAAUCCAGUACAAUGGUACUUACGAUGACUCCCUUGUUUACAGAAUGAUACCUCCCACAAGCAAAACCUUCCUGGUCAACAACCUGGCGGCGGGGACGAUGUACGACCUGUGCGUCCUGGCCAUCUACGACGACGGGAUCACCUCGCUGACGGCCACCAGGGUCGUGGGCUGCACACAGUUCACCACCGAGCAGGAUUACGUGCGCUGCCACUUCAUGCAGUCCCAGUUCCUGGGGGGGACCAUGAUUAUCAUCAUUGGUGGGAUCAUCGUGGCUUCGGUGCUCGUGUUCAUCAUCAUCCUCAUGAUCCGCUACAAGGUGUGCAACAACAACGGGCAGCAGAAGGCCACCAAGGUCAGCAACGUGUACUCGCAGACGAACGGGGCUCAGAUCCAGGGCUGCAGCGGGGUGCUGUCGCAGUCCAUGUCCAAGCAGGCUGUGGGGCACGAGGAGGGUGUCCAGUGCUGCAAGGCUGCCGGCGAUGGCACGAUGCAGUCGCCGGACACCGGCUCCAGCCAGGACUCGGCCACCACUACCUCCGCUUUGCCUCCCACCUGGACUUCCAGCACCUCCCUCUCGCAGAAGCAGAAGCGAAAGUCGGGGCCCAAGCCCGUCCCCGAGCCGCAGGGCGAGGCUGGCGGCAGCGCCGAGCCCCAGAACUCGAACAGAAAUAACUCCACGGCCCUGCAGCUGCCGAGCCGCGCCCCCGCCGCGGCCCCCGCCGCCCCCACGUACAAAAGAGCACAAUCAAAGCCAAGUAAGUUCCUCACUCUGCCGGCCGACACAUCCCGGGCCAAGCGCCGGCGCUCGCUGGGCGGGGAGCUGCUGGAGCCCCGCGGCGCCGGUGCCGGCGGACUGCGCUCCAAACGGAGCUUGUCCAUGAACGGGAUGCUAGUCCAGGCAGACAGCGCCGGGGCCGAUAGCGGAAAAGCAACUUUCUCCAGUUCUGAGUGGAUAUUGGAAAGCACUGUGUGACCUGCUUUUUUUUUCUUUUUCUCUUUUUUUUUUUUUUUUAAUUUUAUUUUAACGAUAAACAAAACACCAAACAUUGCGUGAAACUCCCUCUCCAGGGGAAUUGGAUUUGGAGGUCCACUGCUAUCUCGCUGAUUAAUGGCUUGUUCAUGCGGGGUUCUGUAUAAGCCACCCAGUGCACACAGGGGUUUAUUUAGUUUUUGUUUGGUUUUAUUUAAUAUCAAAAUCGAAGGCAACAUUCAGAGAUUUAAAAAAAAAAAAAAGAAAAAAAAAGGAAAAAAAAGAUUAAGGGGUGAAAAAAAGCACGAAACAGCACCAGUGCCUUCCCUGCUCUAGGACUGGCUUCCUGGUUCUGCAGUAGCAGAAAACAAAAGAGAGAGUUUUCACAGAAAAAGCCUUUUAUAAAGGAAAUGCAAUUUCCUCCAAGCUAACAAAUAACCACUUCUGGAUCAAUCAGUAAAAUGAUAUUUUUUAAACUGGUCAGACUGUACAUUUCUUUUCCGUGACAAUGGUGUUGCCUUUGUUUUUAGGCAGAUGCUGUACAGGAGCAACAACACUGUGUUGUUAUGUUGUGUAAAAUAAAAUAUUCACUCGGUACCC